UGAGAGAUAUAGACCAAUUUGACUGGUUGAUUGGGAAGGGAGUUACAGACAGUCGUUUCACAGGACCAGACUCUGACCAUACCAGGCUUAAUGCACCUGGUGGGCUAAAUCAACAAGGGCACUACCUGUUCAUUGAAGCCAGCAGACCACAGCUACCUGGGCAGAUUGCUAUUAUCCAGAGCCAGACAUUUGAUGCCACGUCCAACAGUGUAUUAACUUCUGGUACCACAUGAAAGGCAGUGGGAUUGGCACACUGUCCGUUAUCAUGUUUACAACACACAGUAACACGUCCACCACUCUCUGGUCUUUGUCUGGCAAUCAGCAGGACCAAUGGCUCUUCGCCACGGCACCAAUCAAUAGUCACUCUGAACGCUAUCAGCUUAGGAUUAAAGGAACUGUUGGUUCCAACUAUCUUGGAGACAUUGCUAUCGAUGACAUCAAUUUCAAGCCAAGCACAUGCACAAUAAAUCCACUGAAUGCCAAUCCAGCCACACAGACAACAACGACCUUUUCACCUGCAGCUAGUACCACAUCUGCCAUCACUUCAGCUCCUACAAUCUAUGACUGCAAUUUUGAAAGAGACUACUGUAAGUGGCAACAGGCUGUUGAUGACAUUUUUAACUGGACUCGCACUCAAGGACCAUCUGGCACACAGUCAGCUGGACCCAUCAAUGACCACACACUUGGAACAGGUCAAGGAUGGUACAUAUUUAUCGCACCUUCACAUACCUCCCAUCCAGAUGAUAUGGCACGUUUAAUGAGCCCCCAGAUAACAGAUAACACCCCACGUUGUCUUUCCUUCUAUUACCACAUGUUUGGAGCCAGUGUAAAUUUGCUUAAUGUCUACAUGAAGUCAUCAGGACAGUCUGGUAUUGGAAGUCUUAUCUGGCAGAGACAGGGUACACAGGGAGCUUCUUGGCUUCAUGCCAUGGUACAAGUCACGCCCACUGUGGCAUAUCAGAUCAUAUUUGAAUAUGUAAGAGGCACCAGCUAUUCUGGGGAUAUUGCUGUUGACGAUAUUGCCUUCCCAACAGGGUCAUGCAUGGCACUUGUUCCGACAACAGCCCUGUCUUUCACCUGUGACUUUGAAUCCACUUCUGGUCAACUCUGUGGCUUCAUUCAAGACAAAACGGAUGUGUUUGACUGGACAUUAAAUAGUGGUGGUACGUCCACUGCAGGAACGGGACCCUUUGCUGAUCACACAUACGGCACACUUGCUGGACAUUACCUUUACACUGAAAGUUCCUUACCACAACAUAAGAAUGACACUGCACGUAUCAUCAGUAAGGUAUUUGAUAACCCAGAUGCCCACCAGCACUGCCUACAUUUUUUCUACCACAUGCGUGGCAGUGGCAUUGGUACCCUCAAUGUAUAUACUAUGGCUCAGAACCAGCUACCACAGUUGCCUUCUCCGGCUUGGACACGAUCAGCUGAUCAAGGCAAUGAGUGGAAGCAGGCUGAAGUUACUAUCCACUCUCAUCAGCAGUUUUCAGGUGGUUUUUGAAGGAAUAAUUGGCUCCAGUUACUUGGGAGAUACUGCAAUUGAUGACAUCACUGUUGCAGAUGGAGCAUGCCCAGAUACACAUUCCUGUAACUUUGAGACAGACCUAUGUCUCUGGACUAAUGUUCA